GCCAUUCUUCAAGUUGAGUUCAGUUGAAAACUCAUUUUGUGCUUCAUUUUCCCACAUGCACACAGAUGCAUAUAUGAUGUUCACUACUGAGAUCAGCUAAAGAGGGGUUUAAGACUGACCAAACAUCAACUUUUAAUCAGCUGCUAACAAGUUUACAACAGACCUGUGUCACUGAUUUGGAACUGGUUUCUGUGUUCAGACUGCACAUAUUCAUUCAUCAAACAUUUGCAUGCUACAUCUUUAUGAAUAAUGGAAACAGGCGUCAGGGUGUGUAUCCUACAUUAUGUUAAAAAUUACAGAUUACAUGAAGAGUAAAUGAAGAACAAGAUAUCAAACAAAUUCCUCGUGGCAUGCUGCAUUUCACAAAGACAUACAUCUGUCUGACUUCCCGUGGGUUUAUUGGCAAUUUGAAGUAUGCACACAUAGUCAUGACCUUUGACCUUUGACUGUUUGACAUGUUUUUUGACCUCAGCUGGGAUGGCUAACAGAUGUUGUGGUGCAUCAUAUGAGAAUAUCCCUGGAAAAUCCCACGCAGGCAAAGGAAUAACUGCCUCUGCUGCUACUUUAUCUCUUCAGAGGUGUUUCAAAAUGUUAACUGUGAUUUAGAUGAAAGAUGUGAAGCCUAUAGAAUCAAUGAGUGUUUACAAUCAUUUGUAAUUCCUGGGUUAUCAAGAAUGCAAGUGAACAAUAAUAAUGAGUACUGAUACACAGUGUGACUAUGAGUUCUUUAAAAACAUUGCACAAGACAAUUCUUGGGACAAAAAUGCUUAUGUUUUAACUGAUUGAAUGAGACACGAAGGUUCAUGAAAUCCUCAUAAAAUCAAGACAAUGGAAUCACAUCUGUAAUCCAUAAUUUCCCACUGCAUCAUAGAGCAAAGGGGCAAGUAUCUUCAACGCCAAAGCUCCUCUCUCUUCAAUGUUAUGGUUUUAUUAAAAUCACACUUGGAUUUACUUCCAUUUCUCAGUAUUUCUCUGCAGUGAUGGUAAAUUGCUGUGUGUUGGAUCUUUCUUUUUUUUUUACAAUAUAAUUAUGCACAUUUAAGAAGGUAAGUUGGUAAGUGAUGAUCCCUUUGAUACAUCUGGCUCAGGCAGGUGACUGACAGGUGGCGUGUAAACUUCAUAGCUCAUACAAGAAGCAGCAGAGAGCAUCUAAGUUACAAAAGCCCAGCAGUCGCGUCAUAGUUGGUAAGCCAGCUUUGUGGACUGACAGGACACAUUAAGACAAGAUGUAGGUCCAGAGGUCAAACAGCAAAACAAGUGUGUGUUCACUCUGAGAGAUGGUGACCUCUGUUUUAUACCACAUUAAGAAUAUGGUUGUCAGAUAAUGAUUGUUGUUGUGCAGAAUAGUAUGAAUAUCAAUUUACAUUUAAAACUGUACUAUUAAUAAUCAUUAUAACAAUAACUCAUUUUAAUUUAAAGAGAAAACAACGAAAGAAAAAAAAAAGAAAGGUAUAAGAUAAAACUUUUUAGCCACUAAUGUGGACUUGAAUUAUAGAUUUUAAAAAAGUCUGAUGUUAUAAUAUUGGUUUUGAAUCCAGAAACUCUCCCUCUUCAGGUGGACACAGUAGCUUUUUUUAAGAGCUGACAGCUCAUGAAUCAAUCUGUCUGUGACAGGGCUCAACCUCAGCUCUACAUUUCCCUCUAGUGGGGACGUCGGAAUCCAUGUGGGAGGACUGUGUGACAGAACCUGCAGUGUAUCAAAGAGUUGAGUGUUUUCUAUGGAAAUACACUUAUUUCAUAUUGCUAAAAGUCUCUCUUUAGCUAUAAGUCUUGCACAUUAAUAUUAACUUAUAUAGACAGUUACAGAAGUAACAAGUAACACAGAUCCUGGAAGUUCCUUAAAAGUCAGAAACACAAGACACAGGCACAAUACAAAAACAUCAAUAGCUGUGGCCAAAUAGUUGCUGGACAGUGUGUGUUCUAUUCUAGUAAUGAAUGAUGGCAUUUAUGAAGCACACAGACUACCCAUCAUCUUGCAGAACAACAAUAAUAUCCAGUGUUCUCCAUUUAGUCCAAGAGCUGCUUGUAGCAAAAAAAGACAUUUGUUACUUUCCUUCCCUGCAGCGUCGCCAUGUCCACAUGUCCCCUCUCAGAGUUAAGCAGUCUCCUUGAGAUUAUCUCUCUCACUGGCAAUAGCUUUAUUCUUCCAUCCUUCCCUCUCAAACAGUACAGCAGCAGACCACGAAACAGCCCCCAGACCACGACCCUGCUCCUCCAAAUGCCCUGCUUUCAUUUUUUACAAGGGAAAUUGUGUUAUCACCGUAAACAGACACUGGAUAUCAAAUGGUCUAAUCACAUCAGAGACAGAGAGAGAGGUCCAGAGCAGCAUAUAUUUAUUCAGAGACCUUUUAAAAAGCCCCCUGCACAUGUUUCUUCCCACAAGGGUGUGACGCAUGCAGGCCUGCCAGGCACAGUGAGUAAACAUAUUAAUCUUACAACUCUGGAGGGAUCAGAGAAAUUAGAGACUGUGAGGAAGAAGACCUUAUAGGGCUCCCAGUGGAUCCUCAAGUCUGGCACUGAAGAACAGAGCACUGCAAUAAAACUGUGAGGGCAGUGUCUCAGUGUCUCAAAGCAAUAAAACUUUUUUUUUUUUUAAAAGAGGGGACUGGGCCUUUUCUGAUGUGGCUUUGGGAAGUGAAAUAAACAUGAUGUCAUGCAGAAAAGCAGGAUGGGAGCAAAGAGACUCUGUUAACCUGUCCUUUGUUCGUGAAGGGUAUGGGGGGAGGGGAUGGGGUUUAUUUGCAGAGCAGAUGUCAGGGUGACAGGAGGGCUUCCCCACACCCCUCCAUCACACAUUUUGCAUCCAACAGUCGCCAUGGAAACCGCGUACAAACCAGGAAAUAAACCCAAAAUUUGCGAAAUGAUGAGAACAAAAAACACAAGAAUUUCUCCUGCGUUGAUUAAAAAUACCAGUUGCAGGCUUUGUACUGGCAGUCUAGUGGGGCACUCUGAUCUAGUAUUGCAGCUUUAUUUCUGUCAUGACAAUAAAUGUUCUUCGGGUUUCCCACCCGCUUCCCGCAUAGAAAGCCCGUGUGCGUCUGCGCCACAGGCAGCAAUCCGCUGGCUCAUGUCAGGGCUUCGUUUUCUCCAGCUGAUUCACGAAAAAUUACACAAUUCCGUUGCCUAUUGGGCGGAAUCCUCCAGGAGCUUGACAGGGAGAGUGUGGCGUUUGCUGAAAUCACAGGCCUAGGCGUGGUUUUGCAUGGAGAUGCUCCGUCUGCUCCCGCUGGGAUCCCCACCUGCCUUCACACCGUGUUUGUCACAGCGCCAGUUGGCAUUUUCCUGAGCGUGAGCCACCGCCGCGCACAUUUGAUUAGAUUUUAUUUUUGUAUCGUGAGACAUAGGUUAGAUGUGUUGUCUGGGGGUGUAGUGUGAGUACAGCGCUGUGGACGUACUGUGCGCCCGGUUUAAUCACCUCCAUAUCGGCGGUGGCGGCGGCGGCGCGCGGCACUUGACGGAGAUAAACAAGAGCGGACAGCGCGUCGCUUGGCCUCCAGGCAGCAGUGCAGCAGCAGCGGUGGAAAAGGAGCCACAGCGGAGACCCUGGUUCAUGUGCAGGGCUUUUCGAGGCGCAGGUCGUGCCCGCAGCGGUUCGCAAGGAUGGCAAAUACACGCAAGAUGCCCAGAAGAUCGCCCUUGCUCGGCUUGCUUGUGGUGGCGUCUAUUUUACUUGUAGUGGACAGCAAGAAAGCCAAGCAGCCUCGCUGCCCCUCUUCAUGUACAUGUACCAAAGAUAACGCGCUGUGCGAAAGCGCAGGACUGAUCCCUCGCAGCUUUCCCUUCGAUGUCAUAUCACUAUCGUUCGUCAAGUCUGAGUUUACUGAAAUCCCGAAAGAGAGCUUCAUCCACACGCCUGCCCUGCAUCUCCUCCUCUUUACAGCCAACAACCUGGAAUCUAUAAACGAGGAUGCUUUCCUUGGUCUUCCUCAUCUGGAGUAUCUGUUCAUCGAAAACAACCAAAUCAAGUCAAUAUCACCACAUGCUUUCCGCGGACUGAAAACCUUAGUGCAUCUGAGUCUGGCCUACAAUAAUCUGGAGACUCUGCCCAAAGAUUUGUUCAAGGGUCUUGAGGCUUUGACAAAAGUAGACUUGCGGGGGAACCAGUUCACCUGUGACUGUAAGCUCAAGUGGUUGGUGGAGUGGAUAUACAGCACCAAUGCUACAGUGGAUCAGAUCUACUGUAAAGGCCCGGCCUCACAGCUGGACAAGAAGAUCAAUGAUCUGGCGCCACAGUCCUUCGACUGCAUCACCACAGAGUUUGCCUCCUACCAGUCCCUGAAGUUUGAGUCCAUAUCGGUGGAGGCGUUUUCCUUUGGGAAUGACCAGUACGUGGUGUUUGCUCAGCCCUUCAUUGGGAAGUGCAGCUUUCUAGAGUGGGAUCAUGUGGAGAUGGUCUUCAGAAACUUUGAUGAUAUUGACAGCACAUCCACAGUGAUUUGCAAACCUCUGGUCAUUGACAACCAGCUUUUUAUCAUUGUGGCUCAGCUGUUUGGUGGCUCACACAUCUAUAAGCGCGACACCUCUGCAAAUAAAUUCAUUAAGCUUCAAGGCAUCGACAUACUCAGAAUCCGCAAACCCAACGAUGUUGAGACUUUCCGCAUCGAUGGAGAAUCUUUCUUCGUCAUAGCAGACAGCUCCAAGGCCGGAUCCACCACCAUCUACAAGUGGAAUGGCAAUGGCUUCUACUCUCACCAGUCACUCCAUCCAUGGUACCGGGACACCGAUGUGGAGUACAUGGAGAUUUCCUCCAAACCUCACCUGAUCCUGUCCAGCAGUUCCCAGAGGCCGGUCAUCUACCAGUGGAACAAAGGCACCAAGCUGUUUGACAGACGCACCGACAUCCCGGAGAUGGAGGACGUCUACGCAGUGAAGCAUUUCCAGGUCAAAUCUGACCUCUUCAUCUGCCUGACGCGCUUCAUUGGUGACUCCAAAGUGAUGCGCUGGGACGGGGCCCUCUUUAGAGAAUUGCAGACCAUGCCCUCUCGUGGCUCCAUGGUGUUCCAGCCCUUCAUUGUGGGCAACUGGCAGUACGCCAUUCUGGGCAGCGAUUACUCUUUCACCCAGGUGUACCGCUGGGAUGCCAAGAAGGGCGAGUUUAUCCAUUUCCAGGAGCUGAACAUCCAGGCGCCGAGAGCCUUCUCUCCAGUCUCAAUAGACAACCGGCAGUUCCUGCUAGCCUCCAGUUUCAAAGGGAAAACUCAGAUCUACGAGCAUCUGGUCAUUGAUCUGAGCAAUUAAGUGAUUGGUUUCUUUUGACUGAUUGAUAGGUUAUUGGUAACUUUAGUGGUCAAAGAAGGUUAUUGCAGCAGAUACACUGCAACAAUGAAAGUGAUCAUCCGUUGAUCCUAACUUGAGAAAGGCAUUACUCUUACUCAUUUUCAAAAUCUUCUAUUGAAAUCAGUGCAUGGUAAAUGUAAAGGUGAAUGCAUCUAUCCCAACCAAACAUAUUUGGCUGAGAUACAUGUUGAGUUCAAUGCAUGGAUCUCAAGUUAGGAUUAGACCCAAAAUGUUGUCAAGACAUUAAUGCAUGACCAGGGCCUCACUCAGGCCGUCCCAUCCCAACAAAUGCAACAUCAAUGCUCAUUAAUCCAUUAAAUCUAGCAUUGGCCAGUAGGUUAUUUUUUUGUGUUUACCCAUUCAUGUGACUCAACAAAGUUUAUACAUUUGUAAUCUCAUAUAUUUAUCUACAGAAAGUAAUAACAAAAUGGUACUUUUUAACCUAUUAACGUGUUUAACUGAACAAAUCUGCCAAAACAAAAUGUUUACAUUUUUCUGUCUUUCCACUUGUCUGCUAAAAGAUUUGUAAAUGAAGUUUUUGUAAGUUUAAGAGGGACCAUGUCAGUUAGAUAAAUAUUUGUUAAGGAGACUGAUUUAAAAUUAUGUUUAUAAUUUGGAAAAUAUCAAUGGAAAUGUUGUGAGAGAAUCUACCUGUGUAUCCUUGCAACUUACAUUUUUAUCAUUAAUGGUUUGUAUAAUGUUUAAAGCAUUGAAAAAAAAAACUGUUUUUCAUAAAAAGUAUGAAAAACAUUUUAGGCACACGUGGAACUAUUUUCACAUUUAAAGGAACUGAGAUGAAAAACUGAGGAUAUUGUUCAUAAUGCUUUACCUUUGACUAACAUGUAUGCAAAAUACAUCAAUUGUGUCAUGAUUAGGAUUACGUUAUUGACUAAUAUCAUGCUGUUUAGAGUCAAUAAAGGUUUACAUCAUUAA